UACUCUACUUUCCAUGGUUACAAGUAUAGCGAAGUUUAUGGCUAAACAGGCCUUCCUACUUUGACUUUAAUUCAUAAGUUAAAGGUUUGGCUUAAAAAAUCAUAAUAAUGUCUAGCAACCAAGCGAUUUUACCGUACAUAGACAAGAAUGCGUGCUUAGUGCAGCAGCAUGGAAAGGGGAUGUCGCGACGUAGGGCCAUCGAACAGAGGAUUGAGAAAAGACGAUCUGAAAUACGACCUCACUGCAGUUCAGCUUCGUCGUCUAAAAGUGACUUCGAAGAUGACAGAAAGCUGAGCCCGCUGGUUAAAUACCAAGUUCAGCGGUCAAUAUGCAGCGCCAUGGACCUGUCCCCGAGAUAUCAAGAGGCCAAAGUCGACGAGUGGUUACAAAAGAACCGCAUCAAAGUGAGGCACAAGCUGCCAAGGCUGGAUCCACUUACACUGACUAGCCGUGGGGUGGAUAUGGAGAAAUACAUCAAUUUUAUAUACCCCCCUCCCAUGUGCCUCAAACUGAGAAAUGGGAUUCCUCCUCGACAAAGACGACCAAGCUACGAGGAAGUCAUCGCUGAACCCAAGGAGCCCUGUCCCCGACUCCUGCGUGCUCUCCACGGGAAGGAACACUCACUUGUCUUGAACCCUGUCGUUCGUGUCGGAGGAGGAUACAAGAGACUUACGUGGAAGACGGCGGAGGUACUGCCAGGCAUUGGUCAGCGUCCACAGGAUGUGACGUCAGCGUUCACGUGCGCAACAUGCGGAGUCAACAUGGCUGUCUCACAAGAGAUCAUGGACGGGGAUGGCGUUAUGCGUGUCGUUGUCACGUAUCCUAGCAACUGUGCUAGCUGUGGCAAAUACGUGAACGCUAGACGGCGCAAUAUGCUAGAGGAGAGGGCGCUGGACUAUGGUGUGCCGGCUCAUGAAAGUGUCAAGCAGACCAUUUAUCGAGGGAACCCGGGACAAGUGUUUGACCACCGGCGAUUCGGGAACAAGGAUCAGGACAAAAAACGAAGAGAGAGAAGACAAAGAAAAGAUGACGAAGACUACGAAACAGAGGUAGACUGGCGCAACGACAUGGACUCAUUCCGUGAACACAUGAGUCGUGCUGACUCCGUCUCCGACGACAACGAGAACGACCCCGAUUCAGUAGAGAGAAACGGGGACGGCUUUUUUAUCACAGAGCCUGGGAUAGAAGUCAUAGGACUUGAGAAACCUUCUUCGGCACCGGAAGUGCGCAGUGCUUGGGAUGAUGGGUCAAACUCUGCGCACGUUACGCGCGGGUAUGAUAGUGACACGCGUCCAUCACAUGAUGAGGUGAUAGUAGAACACAGGGAUCCUGAAUCAGGGAUACGAAUUCGGGUACGAAAGAAGGAAAGGGGAGGCAAAGAGUAUGACACUAGAGAUAAGAGGUCACACAGAGGCCGGAAAUGGCGUGACGAGCGAGGUAACACAUCGCGUGAUCAGCGUGACGAGGGAUUAAGUGACGAUGGAAAACUACGUGACGACGAUGAUAGUAAAUGGCGUGACUAUCAAAGUCAGGGGUCUCAGGGCGGCGAUGGACAAGGAUUGCGUGACGAAGAGGACAUACAGUAUGAAGGAGGAAGAGAGGGGCGUGACAAACAUUAUAGCAAGCUUCACGCAAGACGCAAACGUCACGCUAAACGUCACAGGCGUCACGACAUAAAUGGGAGUGCGACUGCAAUAGAAGGCGUUUCUUCUGACGAAUCUAGUAGUUAUGAGUUUAUCAUUUAUCAAUCGAGCGGCGACAUACGACAUCGCACGAGAUCUAGCGACAUUCGGCGCGAGAACGCGCGAGUAGUCAAGAGUGACGGUGAAAUUCAUGACAUGGAGCGAUGGUACAGAGCGAUGAAAGCUCGGCAUAACACGAAACGACGCCGAACGUUCCCCAAGUCGCACACAAUGUAUCCACCUUCAGCGGGGAGUGACUCGGACUAUUUGGACGAGGUACAAUUGCAAAGGAAACUUACCGCUACAUUUGCUGCCCAGAGCUCACGCGAUGGACAAACGUUGCUUAAAGCAGAUGAUAUGGCUGAGCGACCGCAUGACCCGGGCUAUAUUGCGGAUAGCGAGGAAGACCAACUGAAAAUGCUACAAGCCCAGCUUAGGAGAAUGCACAGACAAUCGCGCAAACGAAGCGGGAGCGGACGCCACCGACAGCAUAACGACUUACCACGAAGUCAAACUCGGGAAGAACGACAGCAUACCGACUUGCCACGAAGUCAAACUCGGAAAGAACGCCGAAAGGGAACCGGAAAAAGCACAAAGGUGGAUGUAUCACUAGAAGAGCGUGGAUCUAGUAGUGAUAGUUGGGAUAGUGAAGAAAGUCUACACGUGCGACCACUCAGUGAACAAUUCUACGAUUCAGCGAGUGAUACCAGCCCGUUACCAAGAAAACUGCGCUCUGCAACGCUAGACGAUAGACAGCUCCCGUCACGUCGCGCAACGCAUCACGGGAGAAGGACUAGUCAACGCAGCAUGGAUGGUUCAGCGCAUGCGCAGGGUGAUGAGGACGAGGCUAAAAACGAUGGCAAUGGUGAAACGAGCGAAAAGCCCGGGAAUACAAAAAACAAAUACAAACGACGGGAGUAUUCCAAAAAGACGGUUACAAAUCAAGUAUCGAUCAAGCCAACUAACCUUCGACGAAACCAAAAGUUUGAAGACGAUCUGAGCGAUAGUGACAUCCAGGCCCUCACGGCACAAAUGCAGUCUUACAACCCUAGCAACGGUAGCCAACCAGAGGGUAACCAUGACGACAAGGAUCUAUACUGUAAGGGUCAAAACUGCUAUAGAUGUGGCACGUUUAUAGACGAGUGUGAAGGUACUUGCACCGCAUGCGGCACGCAUUGUAAAAAAACAACAGGUCCUUGCACUGCAUGCCGGGACGUGUGUGAUCGCUGUGGCAAAGCACGAUGGAGGUGUGAAUCGCAGCCCGAGAGCCUGGGUACAAGUGAUGAGGAAGAAGACGGCGCGGAGCUCGUGGCAGAAGGAAAAGGUAUCGAUAUUGAAGGCGCAGACGACGAAAUGGAAAGUAAUGGAGAUGAAGAGCAGCAAUCAGAUGAAGAGGGUCACAAGAACCACAAUCCGCAAACCAGCAAAACUCUAGCAAAGAAGCCGAAAACAAAAAGGUUGUCAUGUGAUGCGUUUGAGGAAACCGAUAAAAUCAAAAAAUUAAAGCCAGUCGUCAAGAAGAAGAGAAACACCGACGGCGUCAAAAUACCGCUGAGGACCCGAGCCUCUACUCUUGACAGCGUAGGGACUGGUAUGGAACAGGAAGACUUUGAGGAAUUAUCUGAUCAGGAAAAAUUGAAGGAGGAAGCAAAUGGUAACGAGGAGAGUGAAGAGGUUACGGGAGAAAAAACAGCCGAAGAUGCAGAGGAAACACGACCGAAGCAAUCACAAUAUAACAAGGUUAAAAAAAGGGCAAAGGCUUCCAAACAAGUGGUAUCACAAACAGUGAUCGUCAAAGGAGGCCCUAACAAGAAGGCGCUAAAAGAGAAAGAGAAGUCAACCGAGGAGAAAGAAGAUGGCGAAAAGGACCCCGCCGUCAAGGAGCCUGGUGACUACAAAGAGGAUGCUGGCAAAGAGGAUGACGUCAUCGAGAAAAAAACACAGGAGGACCAUCACGAGGGAAAGAAAUUGGAAGAGAAAGACGGAGAAACGAAAAAGGAAAUAGAGAGGACAGAAAACGCCGAAGAGAAACAGAAAGUUGAAGAGAAACCAAAACUAGAGGAACCGCCUGCUAAACCGGCAACUCCUAAACUUAAAGGAAUUCAGAGAGUGAAUGCUGCAUUCAAAAACCGCACAGAUUUAAACAGAAGAUUGCAGUCAGUGCUGAAAGUGGCGCUGAACAAUGAGAUAGCAGACGCUGAUAUGAAAGUGAGAAGAGAUUCCACGAUCGACUACUUGGCUCAGUAUCGUUUAGUUGAUCGCUCCAAAAUAGAGGUGUAUGGCCGGGCGUUCACGGUGGAAGACGAGGACGAGGAAGGAAUAUUGACAUAUGAGCAAAUGCUAAUGGCGCUGGAGGGCGUACCAACAAUAACAGGCAUGUCCAGACAGCAACUGAACUAUGUUCUUCAGGUGUUGGAGAUAAACUCCGUUUCACGUAUCAGCUUCAAGAUGUUCGCAGUCAUUACCGCACUGUGCGAGCGAGUAAUCACAUUAGACCCAAUGGUGAAAGACCUGGUGGAAGGGCUGGACCUCUCUCAGACGGAAUGGAAACUAGACCUCUACAAGAACAUGUUCUACGUGACUGGUGACCGCUCGGCAACAUUCAUAUCCUCUGAGAACCUACGGAUCGAGUUGAAGGCCGGGGGACUGAGCCAGAUACAGGAAGAUCAUGUGAUCAGACACAUCAUGCAGACAAGCGACGACGAUAAGAAGAUUUCAUUUCUAGAUUAUAUGGCGUAUCUCCCGCUCUUCCUCUCAAUACACGAAAAUAUCUGUGCCAACGCCCUUGACAUGUCUCGUGAUAAGUACACGAAAAAGAAACGAUAAAGUGGAAAUCAUCUAAGUACUCGAGGUACUGUCGAGGACAAACGAUGAAGGGCAAAUCAUCCGAAGUGCCACCGAGCAUUUCUCGAGGUACUGUCGAGGACAAACGAUGAAUGGCAAAUCAUCCGAAGUGCCACCGAGCAUUUCUCGAGGUACUGUCGAGGACAAACGAUGAAGGGCAAAUCAUCCGAAGUGCCACCGAGCAUUUCUCGAGGUACUGUCGAGGACAAACGAUGAAUGGAAAAUCACCCGAAGUGACACCGAGCAUUUCUCGAGGUACUGUCGAGGACAAACGAUGAAGGGCAAAUCAUCCAAAGUGCCACCGAGCAUUUCUCGAGGUACUGUCGAGGACAAAUGGAGGACCUUUUGGAGACCAUAGGACGUACUAAGGUCAUCAAAGUAAUCAACGAGGAACCGCUGAUACAACCUGAAUGAUUACUCUAUGUAACUCUUCGAAACAGACAAAUAUAAUAUAUAUUUAGUGUUAAGAAUGAAAACACAGUGUUAUGAACAUUGAGAUUAGCUCUUUGACUAGAUUCUAGGGGACGAUGUAGGAUAAAUCAAAGUUCAAUCUUUUUGAUCUACAACUAAUGCAUUGCCUUCCGAGUGCAACGCACCCGAGCAAAAGAGAACGCUUGGGAGUAAAUAGAAGGAGUAAAUGUGGAUUAAUAUAUUAAAUGUAGAUAACUUGUGUAUAGUUAUGCCAAAUGAAGCUUGUAUAAUAAAAAAAAAAUGAGUAAA